AUGUCUGGAUACGACGGCUCCGGCUACAACCAGGGCGGAUACGGUCAGCAAGGCGGCUAUCAACAACAGGGUGAUUAUGGACAGCAAGGCAGCUAUGGACAAGACAAUUACAAUGGCGGCGGUGGAUACCAGCAGCCUCCUCACCAACAACAGCCCCAUGGUGCAGCAAGCGCAUACUAUGGUGGUCAAGGAGGCCCUCAGGCUUACGGUCAACAAGGAGGUUACGAUGCGGCACCUCCUCAAUACCAACAACUCCCUUCUGCGGCAGCCCACUCAUCUAACUCCGGUCGCAACUCGAUGAACCAAGGUCAUCAGAACCAAUACGGCGGCGAGGGCGACCCAGAGGGUGACCGUGGUGUCAUGGGAGGUCUCGCCGGCGCAGCAGCAGGAGGCUACGGUGGCCACGCUCUCGGUGGUAAAGCCGGCCACGGCGUAGCCGGCACCGUAAUCGGCGCCCUCGCAGGAGCAUUCGCGGGACACAAAGGCCAAGACGCCGUAGAAGAGAAAUGGGACGAGCGCAAAGAGAAGAAGAAGCAAGAAGAAGAGGAAGAAAAGCGCAAGAAGUACGGCCAGCAACACCAAGGUCCCCCUCCCAUUCAACACCACCAAGACACCAACAACCAGCGCUCCCAAGGCGACUUCGGCGGCAACUUCAGCGCCUCCUCGCGCGACAUCCGUCUCGAUGCUCAUGGCGACUACACCCUGCACGCCCAGUGCCGCCGCGCAGACGGCUCCUACCAAUCCUCCUCCAUAUCCCUGAACCGCAUCCUCGAAAACGACGGCGGCAGUUUCCGCUGGUCGGGCUCCAACUCCAGCGGCGGUGGCGGCGAGAACACGUAUACAGUCCAACAAGGCGACACGCUCCGCGCCAUUGCAUCACGCUUCUCGCACUGCUCCUACGAGGACCUCGCUCGCCAUAACAAUAUUACCAACCCGGACCAGAUUUGGCCUGGGCAGAAUCUUAAGGUCCCGGGUGGGAAUAGCAGUCGUGGGGGUGGUGGGUUUGGGAGUUCGGCCAGGGGGAUGAGGUUGGCGGAUGGGGGCCAGAGGUUGGAGGGUGAGUUGGAAUAUCAGGGACAUUGGAGGAUGAGGGAGAUUAAUCUUGAUGAGAGGAUUGGUAAUCGGGAUGGUUGCCUGGUGUUUGUUUAG